UCUGCCGACCGAGAUAUGUUCAAGGUGGCCAAGAUUUUAAUGAUCACCGGAGGUAUAUGGAAACUCAAAAUGACCAAAUCGAAUCUAUUGCAGUUCAUAUAUGCGGUAUAUUCGGGAGUAGUUCAAGUUUUAUACGCUUCAGGUCCUGUGUCGCUUUUGAUUUCAUUAUUUUAUUUGUUUCAAACGGAUAUCGCUAAAGCCAUCGAAAAUAUAUCUAGGCUAAUUGUGGUGAGUUUGCAAGUACUUAAAAUAUUACUUUGUCAAUCGGAAGGCGUUGUUCGACUUUUUUCACGCGCGGUUCGGGAACAAGUUGACGUUUACCGUCACCGCGAUGGAGUUGUACGCAAAGUUUACCAAGACCACGUAAAAUACUGCAAAUGGACGACAGCGCCUGUUGCUGUUCUAUUCCUCAUAUGCGGGUUAUCUCAAUCGGGAAUAGGAAUCUGGACCAAUUUCAACUUCGAACAAUUGCAGCGUCAAAGCAACGAGACCCUGGAGCUGCCGUUGGCUGUGCCAUUUUGGUAUCCGUUUGACAAAAACAAGCACCAUCUCCUGGCACUACUUUUUCAAGUGUUCCAGUCCCAGUUUACGUCCUUUUAUUGUGCGGGGACCCAGGCCUACUACAAUUCCAUAUUUAUUUUCGUGAGGGCUCAGUUGAAGAUAUUGCAGUAUAAUUUUAGAAAUUUCGAUGAUCGUUCCGAAGCGAACCGCCAGAUUUCGGAAGACUUUACUUUGACGGCGUUGAAAAAAUUAUGCGAGAAACAUCAAGAACUUAUUAGAUCGGUAGAGGAAUUAAAUGAUUCCCUCAAGUCCAUUAUGCUCCUGGAAUACAGCGUGGCGUCCGUACUCCUCGCCGCUUUAUUGUUCCAGGUUAUGGCGAACAUUGGCGUUGAAUUCAACAUCUACGUCUUCUUUAUUCUAUCAUGCCAACUGAUGGCAAUGGCUUGGAACUGUAAUGAGAUAAUAAUUCAGAGCACGGGUCUGGCUUCAGCUCUUUAUGAGAGCAGAUGGUAUCAACAUAGUCAACAAGUGAAAGUCAUUGUUCACCUAAUGCUAGUUCGAUGUCAGAAGCCGUUAAAUUUGACUAUUGGCCCUUUCGGACCGAUGACUGCAAAUGAUGGAGUCUCGCGUUUAAAACUGGCAUACUCAUUUGUCUCCGUCAUGUCUUCUUAAUACCAGGAGUUCAGGGUCUAACUGUAAAAUGGACUAAUAACAAAAUUCCUC